GACUCUGCUGCCUCUCAGUCGUCGGUUGAGUCACCGCGUAAAACCCAGUGGCGACUGAGAGUCGCUCUCCGAGUGCAAGAAGGUUAAAUCCACAUCCAAAUGGGAUCGAAUAAUUUGUAAACAGUUCCAUUUUCCACAGACGCAAAGACAACAUUUUCCAUUCUCCAGAUCAUGUAUCAUACUUAUCUUCGUCAACGAUGAAACUAUUCAGACAUUCUGAAAUAGUCGGUAAACAGGUCGACGAGCACGCACAGUCCAAAGUAGAAUGAACCCUCGAUAUCGUGCGCGCGCGUUACAUCUGACGCGUGCUGGCAUCAUCUCCUGCCGUAGGACACGCGCUCUCGUGGGCACGAGAGUGCAUCGGCUGCACCGCGCAAACGUGGCCAGUAGACAAGUGCGUAGAGAGUGCGUCUGCGUAGUCAGCUGCCGGCGAUGCAUACUCGCUCACGCAUGGCACACGACGAGGGAAGCAGCGCACGCAGGUCUGGUCCCUCGAUGCCGGGUAAAACGGAAUACCGCGACGUAGAGCAGGCAACGUUACUGCUCAUGCUCAGUAAGAUUCCUAGAGCCCGGAGAGCCCGAGGCUCGCCCGUGGAAUAAUUGAUCCAAUCGAAACUCGACUCGCUCCCGCCACGUUUUGUGCACCGACGCGAGCUCUUUAUGUAAGCUCCCAGACGGUCGCGCAUCCCGGUUGCUUCGUCCGCGAGUUCCCGACGAUAAGGCAGUGCGUUGCCGCGUUUCAAGAAGGGGGAAUCCCGUCCCUUCGACGAUUCCACUCGGCGAGUGGAUCAACCACCGAUCGAGCACAGACAACGCGACGGGAGGCAACAACAAGUGUCCUGAUUGAACGAUUCACCGACCCUCUGCCGGCUGAUCUGGUCGCUUGCCACGGCCAGCAACCUGUUUACCGUAAUUUUCCGUGAAAGUUUACGUGCCCGCUACCCCCGGCGUAGCUUCGUUCUUCGUUUCAAGGACGGCUCAGCUGCUGGCUACCCCAGAAGCGCGGGUAGCUCGCGUCAGGACGCGCGGACAGGCGACGCCGCUCGAUACCCUCCGCCGAGCCUGUUGAUACUCGGAGAGUAUGUCAUCCGCGAGAUGAACGGGACACGUACCGUUCGCCGCGGAACAAAGGAAAACGCGAUGAACAUUCAUCGAUCAGCCUUGCGGCGACGCUCGACGGACAGAAGACGACGCUGAUCUUUGGACAGGAUAACGGAGAACGUCGACAAACAAUGAAUUCGUCCAAACUUCUGGACCGUUACUCGAAACUCGGACGGUACGGCGCCAAGUGGACCGAGGGGAUGAUCUGAGGGAGAGGAGUGUCCUGAUAACGUCGACAGGGGAAAGACAUCGGGUUAAGGGAGGAUCUACAUCGUGGCAGGAUGACUCCACGGUUAAUCUACGUAACCGGGGGGUGUGGCUUGAUACCGUCGUACCGUCGCACACGUAGAACGUAGAAUCGUUGACACAGUCACAGUCCGUGGUAUCAUGAAACAGUUGGCGAAGUAGACGCAGCGAGAAGUCGAAGGUGUGUGUACCGUCGCGCGGCGCUGCCGUCGCCGUUUGGCUUGCCACCACGGUUGUACCGACGCCGUCGCCACCACCACCUCCAUCGCAACCCCGCUCGCUGCCCGGUUGGUUUACGUUUCUGACAGUGGCCCGAGCGAGCGGUGACAACCGAGGCGGCAGUCGUCAGUGCGCCGUCGUGCUGUGCAUAGCAGCUGUGUCUGGCGUGCUGCUGUUCGCCGUGAAUUCUACUUACCGCGUGGCCGGCCAACUGUCAAACGUGUUCGACGAAUCUACUUAUCGAACCCGAAGCUUCGGAUAAAAAGCUCGCGGCCGACGUUCUCGUAUCGCAGUGAAGUGUUUUCCUCUCAUCGGGACGUGGCUACACGGAGGAGAAAAGGAAUCGAUACGAUCGCCAGUUGUUUUCUGUUCAAAUGUUCCAAAAGUGUACCGUUUCUCUUCUCUUUUCUUAUUUAUUUAUUUUUUCUUUUUAAAUAACCAAUGAAAUAAAAUGCGCGCCGCGUCGAUGUCUCGAAAACAGUUGACAGGUGGAUUCUGUCUCGCGGUUUACCCCGCGAUCGACGUGAGCGCGUAAAUAUCGGAGCCAAACCAGGCUCGGAAGGGGAACUUCGUCGAGGGGUGGCUACUGUUUAUCAGCAAAGAUGACCGAGUUAGCGCAAGAAGCGUUCGCCUCGCGCAACUAUCGGCUGGCCGUCGAGAUGUACGAACGAAGUUUAAAGCACCAGAGCGCCAGUUUCGAGAUGCUGAUUGGUUACGGGGACUCGUUGGCCAAGUGCGGACGGAUCAGGGAGUCCAUAGGGGUUUACUCGAGGUGUUUGGCGGUAAGAACCAUGCCAACCGAAAGACUGAAGCAUCUGGCCAAUGCUCUCCUGGAGGAACUGGCCGGCGUUGCGGCGUCUACGAGCUCCAGAAGAAAAAUCGAGACGUCCUUCGCGUGUCCUUUCUGCGAGGGUACUCUCUGCCAGCCGGUGACCACGAACUGCGGUCAUACGUGUUGCAAGAAUUGCGUGGAGCUGGGCAAAAGCUGUCGCGUGUGCGGACAAAAGAUCGUCGCCGUGGGUGAGACCAACGUGCUUGUUCAGAGGCUCGUGGAAAAGUGGUGGCCACGCGAGGCGGAGGCCAGUCGAGCUAGACACGAGGGUGACAUCCUUAUGAAGGAGGGCCACCUGGCUCAGGCUCUCGAGAGGUACAACCUCGCGGUUCAUCUCGCGCCAAACAGCCCACUCCAUCUUAGCAACAGGGCACACGUCCUGCUCCUGCUGAAUAGGCCUCAAGCCUCCCUCACGGAUGCUGAUCAUGCGGUUAGAUUGCGACCGGAUUGGGGCAAGGGUCAUUACAGAAGAGGGGUGGCUUUGUCAGCACUGGGUAGACACGAAGAAGCUCUCUUUGCCAUUUGCAUCAGCGUGGCUAUCGACAAGAAUCCUCAAGCUGUGCGUCACGAAUUGAUCAAGGUGCUGUACAAAGUGCUGUCGAUUGGUCACCGUCGUUACAACGUGCCAUCCCGUUCGCCCUACAAUCUAUCGGAGGGCGUGUCGCGCACGAGGAGUCGUCAUCAGAUGAUGAAUCUCAAGAGGAACCGUCGAGCGAUCCUGAACGGUUCCGACUGCGAAGACAAUAGCAGCAGCGGCGACGAGGAGUUUCCACAGACUGUUAGGCGGAGGCUCUUGUCAAACCCAGCACCACAGAACAACACCAAGCUGCAGGCCGGCCUGGAUCGUGUGUACCAAGACAUAGAGAAAUUAAAAAGACUCGAAGCGAGACCCGCUGAAAUACUUUUACCACCUCUUUCCGGUGGCACGGCGGGCGAAUUGGAUUGCAUCCUGUGCUGUCGACUCUUAUGGAAACCCGUGACGACGCCGUGUGGACACACGUAUUGCUGGAUGUGUUUGGAUCGUUGUCUGGACUAUUCCUCAGCGUGUCCUCUGUGCGUCACGUCUCUCGCCGAUUACUUGGCCAGCAGCCAGAAGACGGUGACGGACUUCGUGGAGAGGGCUCUGAAGACCGUAGCUCCGACGGAAUACGCCUCGAGAGCGGCCAGCCACCGAUUAGAGCUUGUCCAGGGACUCGGUCUUCUGGGUAGCGAGCAGAUAGCAGUGUUCGUUUGCACCACGGCAUUCCCGUGCGUCGCUUGUCCUCUCUUUGUCUACGAGCCCAGAUACAGGCUAAUGGUCAGAAGGUGCGUCGAAAGCGGGGUCCGUCAAUUUGGUAUCGCGGCGUGUCUCAACAGGGAAGCGACGGGGACAAAAAGAUACGCGGAAUAUGGUACCAUGCUCGAGAUUCGGGACAGAGUUCUGUUGAAAGACGGUUGCAGUAUUCUCAGCACAGUCGGUGGAAGGAGAUUCAGGGUUCUCUCUGGGGGAGAAAGGGAUGGCUAUGACACAGCUCAAGUGGAAUUCCUGAGAGACACGAUGGUACAGGAAGACCAACUGUUGAACCUCCUGGAAUUACACGACAAGGUCCGAGCGAAAGGCAGAAGAUGGUGGGACACGGUGCCAUCGUCCCAGCAGUCGGAAAUCCAACGGGUAUUCGGUCGAAUGCCAGACACCGAAGAGGAUUGGCCACGACUGCCAGAUGGUCCAUCGUGGACGUGGUGGCUAUUGGCCAUUUUGCCUCUGGGCCCACAGUUGCAAGUGGGAAUCUUAGGCACGACUAGCCUGGAGAAGAGAUUAAGAGCCAUCGAGAAAACUCUCGAUCAUAUGGAGCAGAGACAGCUGACGGUGGCUCCAGCGCCGUCGGAAGGGACCACCACAUCCUCGAGCAUAUGUCGCGAUGGCGGUGGCAUAACGGAGACCGCGGUAUCCGUCGUUCAACAGUCUUAAAAUGGAAACGAAUGGUUGGGAGUAGGUCCUCGCGGGACGAAUCGUUUAGAGCCCUUAGGCCGUGGAGAACAAAAGGGAUUCGACUUUCACUCGAUGUACAAAGUACUUGCGGAGUAAUUUAUCGAAGAUUGCCACUUUUUACUCGAUAUACAUAUAUAUAUAUAUAUUUAAUACCCGGAAGCGAGGCGAGGGAAACCCGAUCUGCCUGGUUUUCCUGGAUGCAUCGGCUACCCCGGCUUUUCUUCUUAUACUUAACCCCGUUAAUUACGUUUUAACUCGAGUACCCUCUCAGUUGGUACUCGUUAAACUUAUGCGUCCGAACGCCUUAUCGACGGAACGAUUAUGCAGUUAGGAAAGACGGGACGAGGAUAGCGCGGGGAUAUCGAGCCAGCUCGAUGCCUUUCUUCGUCUAAACAGUCGAAUCUUUCUGGUGGAAGCAGGGUUCGUUUAGAAAAUCGAUUUCGACGUUUCGUUAACCCUUAACAAGAUGCGCAACGUGCGCGCAAGACUUUCUCAUCAGUUGAACGUCGACUGAUCGAUUGGUCGUCUAUAGCAGUCGAAAGAUUCAGCAAGCGCACGGGGGUCUAGCAGGUCCCUAUUGGGGCAUACUAUGUGCUGCUGCGUAUGUAGAUUAGCUAUUUUUGAAUUAAAUUAGGACAAAUUAAAGGGAGUAUUUACAAGACAGAGAUAGGGAAGAAAUGGUAUUUAUUCAGAAUUAUAAAAGAGGAAAAUAUAUUGAGAGUCGAGUACCUAUUUAUGUUACAAAUGUGAACGUGUCUACUCAAGGGUUAACAGAACGUCGAUGGGUUCUCGAAGUACUUUUAGACGUUGAGUUGGGAGCUGAAAAUAUUAGUCACGUGUAGUAUCGUAUAGUCACGUGGAUAUUGUGUAAUGCAGUCUGUGAUCUGAGGAAAACGAAACACUUGAGGAUUCUUGCAUAUUCUGGGAUCUUGAACAGAUUCGGUAACAGAGAGUAAAAGGAAUACUUCUAGAUUCGAACUAUGGUCUGUGUAUAUUGAUGACAGGUAUAGUAGUUGAUACG